AUGACUAAACAACCAAAGGCUGUUCAGAGACGAACGGAGAAUCGUAAACAAACAGCGACCGGGCAACACCGUCGACAAUGCUACAGAUGUGGUUCGGAUAACCAUUUGGCCAAUGAUACAAACUGUCCUGCUGCUAAGGUAACAUGCAGACUAUGUGAAAAGAAGGGUCACUUUGCUAAAGUGUGUAAAACAGCGGUGAGUGAAGUAAGAGAGGUGGUAGUUCCAGACGUGACUGUGCUUUGCGUGAAUAACAGUAAUCCGUCUGCUGUAGCCAAGGAUAAGAUAAGCUGUGAAGUGAAGAUUGCAGCACCGGGAGGUGAAAUACAUUCGGUACACAUGGUUGUGGACACGGGUGCAUCGGUUUCCAUACUUCCAGAAGCAGUGUACAAGAAACAUUUCUCACAAUGCACGCUGACUAAACCCCAAAUCAAACUUGUCUCUUACGCCAAAGAGGAUUUACCAGUGAUUGGAUGCUUAUCAGCGACAGUGGGAAUGUCGGUAAAUAACAAUGUAGUUCCUGCCAUUUUUUAUGUGGUUAGUUCAGGAUCUCCCUUACAUGGGUUGGAUUUAAUUCGAUUGCUGAACCUGAACAUCGUAAGUGGAAAAGUCCAGUGCAUUGACUGUGAAAGUGAAAUUAGCUCUGCACCUACUCCUGAGACUGGGUAUGUCACAGGCCCUGUGAACACAGUGUCACCCGUAUCUGCUACUCACCUGGGUUGCGUGAAAGGAUUUAUUCACAAAGUGCAAGUUAACCCAACAGUGACACCGAUACGUCAAAAGUUAAGACGCUUACCUCUUAGUAUUCACAAGGAAGUGUCCACAGAGCUGGAUCGUCUUCACAAAGCAGGUAUCAUUGAAGCAGUUGAUUCUUCAGAAUGGGUUAGUCCAUUGGUAGUAGUACGCAAACGUGAUGGACACAUGAGGCUUUGUUUGGACCUACGUGAACCCAACAAGAGUGUGAUUAUGGAUUGUUACCCGUUGCCUCACAUGGAGGAGUUGUUUACAGAACUAGUAGGAACUUCAUACUACAGUCAGAUUGACCUGAGUUCUGCUUACCACCAGCUACCUCUCCAUCCUGACAGUCGUAAUUUGACUGCCUUCAUAACACAUGAAGGACUGUUCCGCUUCACACGAGUUCCUUUUGGAUUGGCUUCGGCACCUUCAGCCUUUCAGAAGAUGAUGCAAACGGUCCUACGGAAGCUGGAUGGUGUAAAGAAUUACUUGGACGACAUUGUGUUAUACGAUUCUCAGGAGGCCCAUGAUAGACAUCUCCAAGCUGUUCGUCAAAAGCUAGAGGAGGUUGGCUUGCAGAUUAACUUGGGAAAAAGCUCCUUUAACCAGUCAAGCAUUCCAUUCCUGGGUCAUGUGAUUUCUAAAGAAGGGAUACAUCCUAGCCCAGAUCACUUGACUGCCAUUGCGAACACACCGCGACCUGCAGAUAUGGUUGCCUUACGCUCGUUCCUAGGACUUACUUCCUGGUUCAACAAAUUCCUUCCGAAUUAUGCUACUGUCGUUGAGCCGCUGAGGCAGAUGCAAAGAACGGAUGUGCAAGCACCACUGCAGUGGAACGAAGAGACUGUGGAAAGCUUUGAGACGCUCAAAAAAAUGCUGGAGAGCCCAGCUCUUGCUAUUUAUGAUCCUGCCCUGCCUGCAUUCGUUAGUACUGAUGCCUCGGACUAUGGCCUUGGUGCGGUCUUAACGCAGUUACGAUCCGAUGGAGCUGAACGAGUGAUAGCUUUUGCAUCCAGGACGCUAUCCACUUCGGAACGGAAAUACUCCAUGGUGGAAAAGGAAGCACUUGCAUGUGUCUGGGCAGUGGAAAAGUGGAGGACGUAUGUGUGGGGACGCCGGUUCACUUUGAGGACGGAUCAUCAAGCUCUUACUACACUUCUCUCCACAAAAGGCAUGAACAGAGCUGGUAUGAGAGUAGCGCGUUGGUCUGCCAGGCUGCUGUGUUUUCAGUAUGAUGUUCAGUAUGGUCCAGGUAAAAGAAACUGUGUGGCAGAUUGUCUCUCACGUAUGCCGCUGAGCCAUACAGAUGCCGAUGUGGCUACUGAACAGGAACUGAUUUCGGAGGUUGCUGAAAUUCAGCCGUUUAUGACCGCGUUACUGCUUGCUGUUUUUAAAGCUGAGUGUGAGGUCUGCCCCGAGUUGUCUCAGUUACGACAAAUGAUUCAGUCCAGAUGGCCGAAACUGCAAAAGUCUGUUUCCAAUGACUUGCGUCUUUACUUCCCUGUUAGACUUGAACUGGCGGUGGAAUCCCAGUUGAUCUUCAGAGGAAAGCGGUUGGUAGUUCCUUGUGCAUUAAGGGAACGCCUUGUUCAUCUGGCCCAUGAGGGACAUCAGGGACUAGUAUGGACCAAGCAGCGUCUAAGAGAGUUGUACUGGUGGCCACGUAUGGAUGAUCUUGUUCAUACCAUUCUACGUGCGUGUGUGACCUGCCAAGCCAGUGAUAAAUCGGCCAAAAUGGUCACAGCUCCAAUGCAACCUGUGGAGUACCCGAAAGGUCCAUUUCAACAUGUCGCAAUAGACAUAGUGGGUCCAUUUGAGAGGGGAGCUGCGGACUGUAAGUUUGCGAUAACACUGAUUGCUUACUUCAGUAAAUGGCCGGAAGUUCGUUUUGCUUCCUCAGUAACUACACAGACUGUUAUGAAGUUUCUGACCACCAUUUUUGCUCGUGAAGGCAAUCCUUGCACAAUCACAUCGGAUAAUGGACCACAGUUCACUUCAUCUGAAUUUACUUUGUUUCUAAAAGAACAAGGAAUCAAGCACAUCAAAACGAGUGUUUACCACCCUCAGGCGAAUGGGGCCAUUGAGCGGUUUAAUAGGGUGCUUAAAGAAUGUCUUCAAGCAGCUGAGGUCGCUAGUAAGCCCUGGAAAUCUACAGUUCUGACUAUGCUGAAGAGCUAUCGGGCUACAACCCAUGCUACGACAGGUGAGACCCCUUUCCUGCUCCUGAGGGGCCGUAACAUGAGAACCAAGUUGAAUGUUCUUCCACCAGAGGUUGGACCUGACAAAUUCACUCAGGUCAGAGAUAGUGUGAAACGCAGACAGGCAAAAAGCAAGCACUACACCGAUCGCAAGAGAGGAUCUAAAUUCCGUAACAUCAAGGUGGGAGAUAAGGUGAGAGUGCGGAAACCCUUUCAUGUGAAGAAAGGAAAGGCUCAGUUCACGGAUCCGUUGUCAGUACAACAGCAAACAGGACCAAGUACGUUCAUUCUAAGUGAUGGGAAAAGAUGGAAUUCAUCACGUCUUUCAUUAUGCCCAGAGAGAGAAGAAAAUCCUGAACAGGCUGAAAGAAGGGACAGAGACUGUUCUAUGGAGAGUACGGCUUUGAGUCUGAAUAGAGGCAUAAGACACAGACAACCACCUAUGUGGUCUAAAGACUAUGUGAUGGAAUAA